UAUAGUUCAAGGUCACGUGACUAGUUUACUUCGCUGUCGAAUAAUCUGGCUCUUGAAAUCCUAACUGUAUCUUUAAUCGUAAAAUUAUUUGGAGGUAGCGGUAAAUUGUUCCUGCUGAGAAAAAUUUGAGUUUGCCGGCAAAGAUUUCUUAUUGUCUGUAAUUUAAAGAUGUCUUCUAAAAAGUCUCAGAAGAAGAAGUUAGAAGAGAGUAGCGAUUCUGAUUCAGGACCUGACGAUGUUAAUCCUCCCAAGAAAAGCAAAACUGCUGCUAAACCAGCUCCAAAAAAGGCUAGCGCUAGCAACAGUAAUGAUGAGGACAACAUGUUUCAGCUUGCAAGAAUGAGAUAUGUGAAUGUGAGAGAGUUUCGAGGAAAGGUUUUGAUAGAUAUCAGAGAGUUUUAUGAAGCAGAUGGAGAACUGAAACCUGGUAAAAAAGGAAUAUGCUUGAAUACUGAACAAUGGCAAGCAUUGAAAGAAAAAAUUGAUGACAUUGAUGAUGCUGUGAAAAGAUUUUAAUUGAAUUUUCUGUUUGUAUACUUUUUGUGUUUGUCAUUGAUAUUAAAAAUAGUACAUUUCAUUA